CGUCAGUAUCUGCUUUAGGUAGCUUCUUUACUCAAUAGAAAGAAUAAAAUGCCCUACUCUCACACGUUUUUCAGUUUCAUCGUUAUAUCCUGCUUGUAUUUAGUUCUUGCCUGGCAGCAUGUCGAUGCAGAAUACAACGACGACUCACUUGCUGUGUCUUCUUCAAAUGGGUGGAAGGACAAUUUAGAAAAAAGAAACACUUGGUGGACCAAAAAGUCUAUCCCUAAUGAUGAAUUUUCCAGUGCUUGUUCUGUGGAGAAGUGCUUGCUGAUGAUGAUCGACUGCGUACGCCGUUCCGAGAACAAGACGGCACUCGUGCAGUGCAAGGAUGCACACAUUGCAUGCUUGGCGAACUGCUUCCAGAGGUAUAAGGAGAAGUACAUGUUCAGAAGUAUGGCCAUGGCAUCGUAAUCGGCAGGCUGUAGACGAACAAGUGGCCUAUGUUGACGAGAUUACUACACGAAGACAAAUAUGAACGAAAACAUGAUUUGAUUCACUACUCUUACUUUGUUUUUUGAUGCACUUUAUCUAUAUU